CAGGAAGUUUUAUAUAUUUACUUAGCAGGGACUCUAGGAAGUAGCUAGCAAGCCAAAUAGCUUGCUAUAUAGCCUGUCGGACGAGCUGUCAACGCAGAAAAAGUUUGGAUGAAACAUUUAACUGAUCUCUAAAACAGCCAAAUAAUACGGAAUACAAAGAUUCUGACAGAGGACGUGUUCCCGGUUCCGCCCAGCUGUAGCCCAGGUGUCCAGGCCGGCAGGAGGCAGGAUGAGCACACUGACCUACCGGAACCGUCGGACUGAGGCCCCGCCGGUGAGGCGAGAGGAGGAGGACAGCGACGCGGGCCGGGGGGACGUCCCGGAGGAGGACCAGGACGACUCCAAGGACAUCCGCCUCACCCUCAUGGAGGAGAUCCUGCUCCUCGGCCUGAAAGAUAAGGAGGGCUACACGUCCUUCUGGAACGACUGCAUCUCCUCGGGGCUCCGCGGCUGCAUCCUGAUCGAACUGGCCCUCCGGGGCCGCGUCUACCUGGAGCCCGCCACCAUGAGGAAGAAGGGUCUCCUGGACCGCAGGGUGCUGGUGAAGUCCACCGCCCCCACCGGAGACGUUCUCCUGGACGAGGCGCUGAAGCACAUGAAAGCCACGGAGCCGCCGGAGUCGGUGCAGAGCUGGAUCGACCUCCUCACAGGGGAGACGUGGAACCCCAUGAAGCUGCACUACCAGCUGCGGAACGUGCGGGAGCGCCUGGCCAAGAACCUGGUGGAGAAGGGCAUCCUGACCACGGAGAAGCAGAACUUCCUGCUGUUCGACAUGACCACGCACCCGGUGACCAACACCACGGAGAAGCAGCGGCUGGUGCGGCGCGUGCAGGAGACCCUGCUGGAGCGCUGGACCAACGAGGCGCGGCGCAUGGACCGCCGCGCCCUGGCGCUGCUGGUGGUGGCGCACGCCUCCGACGUGCUGGAGGGGGCGCUCACGCAGCUGCCCGACGACCGCUACGAGGUGGCGUCCGGCCGCUCGCGCGCGCUGCUGGACAGCGACCCCGACGUGGAGAGCAGGAAGCCGCAGGCCUGCGAGAUGAUCUGGGCCGUCCUGGCGGCGUUCAACAAGGCCUGAGCCCCCACGCCGCCCCCUUAACCCCCGCUGCUCAUUCAGCACCCCCUCCCCCCCACCCCCACCUAUGUCAUCACAGACUCAUCUCUUUGAACAAUCUCCCCAAACCCUGUCACAGCUGUCCCCUAAAACUCGUGGGGGUGGGGCUUAAUUAAAGGGAGGGUGGGGGGUGAGGCUGGGAGGGGAGUGAAGUUGAAGUCUGCAGCCUUUUUGAAACCUGGCUUUUUUUUUUUGUUGCUGUUGUCCUACUUUUCCUCGGGCGUCCAACCUUCAAGAGUGCUUUCUAAAACCUGCCCUUCCGGAACUCUGGGGUCGUUACUACAAAAUUGGCUGUCUUCGAAGAUGCCUGAUUUUGUCUCUAUUUUAUUUUAUUUUAUUUUUGUUUGUUUUGUUUCGUUUUUUUAAAAUCUGAUGUUUUGUCUACUUCCUUGGGACGGCAUCUCAAAUGGGAAGUACGGUAACGGAGAGGCACCAAAUACUUCCCCGACAGCCUCAAACUGCUGUUAUCUCUUUGUUACUGUCUGAAAGAUGGCACUAUCUAUUUGCCCUCUUAUGUUGUGUUUAAUGUAUUUUAAACACUCUCUAGGUGCAAGUAAAUACGUUUUUUUUUGUUGCACAUUUUGUACAUUGUCCUGGGGCUUAAGGGCACUAGGGACCGUGGAGGAAUGAAGUUUGCUGGCAUACAUUUACUUGGCACAGCAGCAGCAGCAGAAGAAGAAGAAGUAGAAGCAAAGAAGAAGCUGUAAAAAUCUGAGCUGCUUGCUUUCUGCCCAGGGGGAACACAGACUUAUGGGUAAAACUUUUACAGCAUCUCCAGUUCUUUUUUUUUUUCUCUUUUAGAUUCCCUCUCUUAUGUUUUAUGGGGCUAUACUGCCAGAACCUGUGUACUGUAGAAAAUAUGAAUGUAUUUAAAUGAAGGGCUUUUGACGAAAGGACUUUCCCUUGGUAAAUAUCUGUUGUUUGACUGCCCUUUUUUUGGAAAGAGGAUAAACAACAAUGAAAGGUGCCUGAAUGAAAUGUAUAUGUCGUUGGAUAUAUAUUUUCUAAGGCAUGCUAUUACUGAUUAUAAUAUUUUUGUUAAUUGCUAAAGGUUAUCUUGAACAAAGUCUAUCGUCCAGGUGGAUCCACAAGCCAACUGGGGUCCUGAACAGUUUGUAUUUAGCUGUCUCUGUUGAAGCCUGUCUGUUUAUGAAUGAAUGAAUGAAUGAAUUCUUUUGGGUUUAUUUUAUUUUAUUUUUACAAAAAAAUGUAUGAUUUAUUAAGUGAAUUCUUACAUGGCUAUACAAUAGUUGCAACUUCAGUUCUAAAUUUUAACUUAUUUCUUUCUUUAAUAUAUACAUGAUAAUACCUGUGAGAUACUUGCUUUGUUAGGAGACCAGCCUUCUGAGAAUGUCCUCAGAAAUAAUGAAACAUUUUCAAAGUGCGCCUGGGAAAUCUGCAACUUGCCUUGUGGAACGCCAAGCAUGUGAAAACGACUUGCAGGCCCCAGUGAUUGAAGGGUUCUCUGGUUUCUAAUGUUCCUUUUUGAAUUCUUCACACAAGAAUUUAGUGAAGAAUUUGGACGUCUCAGUUCAGGCCAGCUAGCUGUCGAUUGAUUCAAUCAAUCAGUCAAUCAAAUUUUAUUUGUAUAGCGUAUUUAACAGCAGUUGUCACAAUACGCUUCUCAGACAACCCUGGCCUAAACCCCCACAGGCGCAAGCCCUAAAUCAGCAGUGGCAAGGCAAAACUCCCUGUGGCAGACGGGAAGAAACCUCGGAAAGGAACCAGGCUCAAGCGGGAAACCCGUCCUCCUCUGGUCGGCUCAGGGUGCCUGCUGGAAACAGUUGGCUGAAGCGGUAGCCUUUGUGCCGGUGCAGAAGAAUAAAAACACGCGAGGGCACGCGCGUUAUCGCUGGGAAGAGUGCGGUUUAUUGCGGGCGCUCAGUCUUAGUAGAGUCUCUGCUCCGUUUCCUGUGUCUGUGCCUUUUUGCUCAUCUGAGUAAUUAUAUAUUUGUGUUUUAUUAUGUUGUUAAAUUUGAGCAUGUCGUCUCUACUGGCUAACAUUACCAGGCACCUUAGGACUGGGCAUUGCUGAGAAAAACUGCACUGUAUUUACGAUAAAAUAUGAAGUGCUUACAAGUUAUUUCUCUGUUUGUGUACAUGGGUUAUUUUUGAUGAUGUCUUAUACUGCACAACAGCUCCCCCUCUGGUGAAUAUCGUUCCCACUCGUGGGACCACACAGCACUGCUCUUGUGAGAGACUAAAUGUGUUCUCAUGCAC